UCAGUAGCAUUUGAAGGUUUGACCGGUUACGACGUGUGGGAUAAGAGGAUCUGUUUUUUUUUUGCUGUCUGCAUGGGAGAGUUUCGUGUCCAACUGAAUGGACCAGUGCUUGAGUGGCACAUCCCUCGAGUGAAAAGAUCGUCACGGUGAGAUUAUGUUUCAGGAUAUUUUAAGUGUGUUUAUUUGUUGUGCACGAGCCCCAAUGUUGGGUUGAGUGAGUCCAAGGGUUCUGAAAAGCAAAUCAGGUGGUGCGAAAAAGGAUUCUCCGGUAGUAGCUUGUUUGAUCUGGAAAUAGUGAACACAUUAAACAUUGAAGUGAUCAAAAAUUGUUAACAAUAACCCAUAUCAUUAGAUAGUGUGGCGAGUGUGGGUGAAGGAAAAUGAGUUUGCCAAGUGGUGUUGAUAUGUCCAAUCUGAUGCAACAGCAUCCAGUGCUUGGGGCGUUGCCGCCAGCGUUUUUCCUGCGAGCCGCCUCGGAGCGCUAUCAAAGGACACCAAAAUGUGCCCGCUGCCGUAAUCAUGGAGUGGUGAGCGCCUUGAAAGGUCACAAACGGUACUGCCGCUGGCGAGAUUGCGUCUGUGCAAAGUGUACCCUCAUCGCGGAGCGACAACGAGUGAUGGCGGCCCAGACAUUCUUUAACUCCAAGGUGGCCCUCCGACGGCAACAAGCACAAGAGGAAAAUGAAGUUCGCGACUUGGGACUCCUGUACACCGGAGGAGUUCACACGGUGGGCCAACCGGUUUCCGAAUCCAACGGGCAGCAAACGGUCGGAUCGUUUCACACCGGAAUCCCUUCGCCUCCCAACGAUUCGGAUGGUGCCAAUCGUGGCAACUAUGGUCCCACAGACGAAACAGACAAUCCCCGACUUCGGCCGGAACGCAUAAACUCCGCCUAUUCGCCAGACCAGAGUGAACCCGACAGCCCCGGGUUGAAACGGCAGCGACUGUCAACGGAGACCGAUCACGACACAGGAUCGGAAUCGUCACCCAGUAGUCCUCGGUUGAAAACGGGUCUCUUCUCGCUUCCCAUGAAACUUUCCCCCUCCCGUAAUGGACCCCCCAGCUCACCCGAAUCCGAUCUGGACGUGGACUCCGCUCCCGACGAUUCGAUUGCCCCCGAGAAUCUCAGUCUCAAAAAGGACGACGGAGUCCACAAAGCCUCACCGGAGCAGCGAUCAUCACCGGUGAGCAAUAUGCUCGGGAAUGGAAGCGGAGGUGGUGCCGGAAGCAGUUUGGGUUUUCUGCCGUAUCACACCCAGUCUCCACAGUACCAACACGGAUUGGGAGUUGCUAGUUCACCAACGCCCAGCCGGUCCCCGGUAGAUGUUCUACUGAGAGUGUUUCCCAACCGUCGUCGGAACGAAGUGGAACAACUGCUCCAACGUUACAGAGGAGAUGUUGUCCAAGCGAUGGAAGCCAUGUUGUGCGGUGACGAUGGCUUGCAUACCAGCAUGAAUGUUCCAACGCCUUCGCCGCCAUUCUCGGUGAAAUCUGCCUUCUCCCCAUUGAUGCCUCCAGGAGCUUUUGGCGCCCCGGCAGUUAGUCGUGGUUACUCCUUUCUGCAGGCUCAAGCUCACGCGAAGCGCUUCCUGACUGCUCCCUAUAGUGGAACGGGAUAUCUGACGACGAUCUUGCAAGAUCCCGACCAACAGGGGGAUGGCACCAGCGGAAGUGGCCCCGCCAAUGGAUCCUCGUCUUCCUCGACGAGCGGCGGAGGGAACUGUGGCGACGGGCAGGAAUAAUAUACAUUUAUAAACUUGUGAAACUCAUAGACCCAAGUGGACGUAAUCAACAGCAUCGUACUUUACUUGUUACUUUAGAUAAGAUUGUAAAAUUUGUGUCCGAUUGGAGACAACUUGUACAGAUGGAUUAGUUAAAAUGCAACCACGUUUCAAAUUAGAACCUUUAUAUACGUAAAUAGAUAUUAUGAGAUAUUAUGUAGGUCAAUCACGCACUAUGAAAAUAUUUUGUAAAUAGCUCAACAUAUAAUUAUUGCUGAAUUUUUGCGUGAUAGAUGAAUAAUUAUCCUGCAAAAACAGGUUUCACAACUGAGAGAGAAAACUCCUCGAACAACUUUUCUGUUUGUCCUCAUUUCAUUUUGUAAAACUACUCACACGGAAUCCAAUAUCAUUAGCGAAAUCAAACGAAGUCAAACUGAUUUUCUACUCAAAAUAUGAAUUAUUAGAAACAAACAAAUAUAAUCCCACACGUUAGCGUCUUCGUGUAUAUCAUGUAAUGUAGUAAUCAAGUCGGUAAGUAUCACCAACAUUAAGCCGAUCUCCACAACAAAUUAUGCUUACUUGUAGCCUUAAGACAUCUACCCUGGAAAAGUGAAAUAAAGAAGGU